CAUUUUGACGAUUUUGAAUCUCUUCUUGGGCGAGCUCGAAGGUGGAAGUAAGAUACAAAAAAGGAAGAGGAAGAGGUUUUGUCGAAGAGUUGUGAUCUGAGGUAGAGAAAUGGAUGCAAUAAGAAAACAAGCAAGCAGGAUCAGGGAACAAGUCGCAAGACAGGCUGUCUUCAAGCAAUUUGGAGGAGGAGGAGGAGGGCAUGGCUCUGGUUUGUCGGAUGAUGCAGAGCUCCACCAGCAUCAGAAACUCGAAAAGCUUUACAUUUCAACCCGUGCUGCCAAGCAUUACCAAAGAGACAUUGUUCGUGGGGUGGAAGGUUAUAUAGUCACGGGUUCAAAACAAGUUGAAUUAGGGACGAAACUGUCUGAGGAUAGCAGGAAGUAUGGUUCAGAGAACACAUGUACAAAUGGUAACGUAUUAACAAGGGCUGCACUGAGUUAUGGGCGUGCUCGGGCGCAGAUGGAAAAAGAGCGUGGAAAUAUGUUGAAGGCUCUUGGUACUCAAGUUGCUGAGCCGCUACGGGCAUUGGUUUUGGGAGCUCCAUUGGAGGAUGCUAGACAUCUUGCUCAACGUUAUGAUAGAAUGCGCCAAGAAGCUGAAGCUCAGGCUACAGAAGUUGCAAGACGCCAAGCAAAGGCGAGAGAGUCUCAAGGGAAUCCUGAGAUAUUGAUGAAACUGGAAUCUGCUGAAGCAAAACUUCAAGACCUAAAGUCAAAUAUGACAACGCUGGGGAAGGAAGCCGCUUCUGCUUUAUCUUCCGUUGAAGAUCAACAACAAAAACAGACUCUUGAACGACUUAUUUCAAUGGUUGAAUCAGAACGUGGUUACCAUCAAAGAGUCCUCCAGAUACUUGAUCAGCUAGAAGGAGAGAUGACAUCUGAGAGGCAACGUAUUGAAGCUCCCACUACUCCAUCAAGUGCAGCCAACAUGCCGCCGCCUCCAUCAUAUGAGGAAGCGAAUGGAGUGUUUGCAUCAUCUCACACACAUGACACGCCAACAGAUAGCAUGAGUUACUUUUUAGGAGAGGUGUUGUUCCCAUAUCACGGAGUGACAAACGUCGAGCUCAGCUUAUCGACUGGUGAAUACGUUGUUGUUAGAAAGGUCACAGGCAGCGGAUGGGCAGAAGGUGAAUGCAAAGGCAAAGCCGGUUGGUUCCCUUAUGAGUACAUUGAAAGACGGGAGCGAGUUCUUGCUAGCAAAGUGUCUGAAGUCUUUUGAGAUUAAGAAAUUGAAGCAAAGGUAACACUGGUUCUCUAUGGUUGUUAUGGUUCUGUAGAAGAGUUGUGUGUGUUCUUCUGUAGAAAGAAAAAGAAACGAAAAAAAAUAUUCACCGGCUAAACAGAAGCCCAUGUUCAUGAGGUUAGGCGUUACUGAAGAUUUCUGCCAUUGUUAUGCCACUUGAAUAAAGAGUUUGUUCAAUUUUGAGGUCUCAUCUCAAUAUUGUAUUUGGAUCCUCUCUGUAUCUAUCAUCUUCAUAUGUGAAUACACUUCAUUUUUGAGUUAAUCUGCAUAAUUGUCCAAUUA